GUCCGCCUCCGGUCGGCUUCAGUCCCUUGAGCUCAUUGAGGUGGACGAUUUGAUCGUCUCCGGAGAUGCUAAGGUGCUUUCGCGUUUGAAGGAGCGCCUCUUUGAGCGCUUCAAGUUCGGUAAAUGGGAGGAGGGGGAGGCUGACUAUGCGGGGCGGCAUAUACAGCAGAAGGGAACGAAGAUAAUCGUUGAUCAGGAGAAAUACGUCCGUGAGCAAUUGACCCCCAUUGCCCUUGACAAGCAUCGCCGAGGGGAGACCUCGAGCGCCUUGACUGCCGCGGAAAUUUCGUCUCACAGGACGACCGUGGCCCAGAUCCAGUGGCUGGCGCGCGAAUCGCGCCCAGAUGUCUGCGGCAGCGCCUCGCUGUUGGCGGCCGCUUUGCCUGAGCCGACAGUCGAGGACGCCCUGAUGGAGCAGCGGCAGCGGCGGCGGAGCGGCGGCGACGGCCCGGCGCCCGACCCGCAUACCGCCCCGCUCAACUUCGAGGCAGUUCCGUCGACUGCGCCAGUGCACAUGCCGCGCUUCCAGAUGGAGAAGCGCAGGAAGGUCGUGACGCACACGUGCCAGUCCAUGGACUCGAUGACGUCCGCAACCCGCCUUGUGUUCGAGGCGAUGUCUGGCCCAGACGGCGGCGAUGGCUUCCCUGGUGUGCCAUCCUCCGUGGAGUACAGGGUCACGUACACGAUCGAGGGGACGAUGAAUUUCCGCAACGAGGGGCCCGACGCGAGCGACUGA